AUGGCCUUCAUCUUACUUAUCUUCCUAAGACUAUUCUUUCUUUUAAUCACUCAAGGAUCUCAAUUCACCUCCCAUAAUAUCACCUUAGGUUCCUCAUUGUCCCCAUACUCAAACCCUGCAUGGGUCUCGGCUUCAGGCCUUUUUGCAUUUGGUUUCUACCAGGAAGAUAAUGGUUUUAGGGUCGGAAUAUGGCUGGCAACCAAACCCGAAAUCAUAGUUGUUUGGACUGCAAACCGUGAUGACCCACUUGUCUCCUCAAACAGUACCAUUAAUCUCAUUACAAAUGGUUGGUUGCUUCUCCACACUAAUGGCGAAGAUAAAAACAUCACAACUCAGAGGGUUCCAGCAACCUCUGCUUCCAUGCAUGAUUCGGGAAAUUUCCUACUCUAUGAUGACUCUGGUGUUGCUAUAUGGGAAAGCUUUGAACACCCUUGUGAUACAGUAUUAGGAGGACAAGAACUAGCCACAUAUGAUCAUUUAGUCUCUAGUGUAUCCCCUUCCCAUCACAUGAGUGGAAACUUCGUUCUCAAUUUGCAAAAUAAUGGAAACCUUGUGGCUUACCCUCUAUAUGCUGGUUCCAGGCUCGAUGAUGAUUCAUACUGGUCUACUAAAACCUCUGACCUCGGUGGCUAUGUGUCCAUGUAUCUCAACCAUACUGGCUCUUUGAACAUGGUGAAAGAUGGUGUGACACAGAGGGUAUUAAAUCCAGUUAUACUGAGCUCAGGUUCGAGGAAGAGGAAUGAAAUCGUAAUCUUUCGUGCUACUCUCAGAUGGGAUGGUAACUUUGUUUUGUAUUCCCACAGAUUCAUAAGUAACUCGACUAGAAUGAUCAUGAAGAAGGAAUGGGAAGCAUUACAUGACCCAUGUGAAGCCAAAGGUAUAUGUGGUUCUAACAGUUACUGUGUUAGCAAUGGUGGCAAUUUUAGUUGCCAUUGCUUUCCUGGUUUCUUAGCUUUCAACGAGACAAGAAAUGGUAACUUUUACAGCUGUUAUAGGAACUUUACCGAUGAAGAAGCCUGCAACGGGAAACGGGAAGGGUUAAAACUUUCUUAUAAUAUUACUUCAUUGGAGAAUAUAAAGUUGCGAGAUCACUACUCUUACUCUGUAAUGAAUCUUAGCAAGGAAGCUUGUCGUCAAUCUUGCUUGGAUGAUUGCAAUUGUUGGGCAAGUCUGCAUGCAAAUGCUUUUAGUUGCAAAAUGCUAAAAGUUCCGAUCAUUUAUGCAGUGCGUAAUAAAAGCAUAUUAUCCACUGUCUUUAUAAAAACCAGUUUCCCAUAUGAUCCUCCUGAAUACCCCUUGAGAAACGAAACCAAAAAACUUGUUUACAUUCUAGCCAUUACACUUGGCUGCCUAGCUUUUAUGUGUACGAUAAUGGCAUUCUUUUCUUUCUUUUUCUAUAGAGUGCAUGCUCAUAAUAGCUUCGAAAGUAUAUCAGGAAAUACUGAUCAUUUAGAAGUUUUCAGAGAUCAAUUUAGGCUACGAGCAUUCUCAUACGACGAUCUUCAUAAAGCCACAGAUGGUUUUAAGGAAAUGAUAGGAAGAAAUUCUUACAAAGGGUUUAUUUCCGAGGGCAAGAAGGCUGUUAUUGUGAAGAGACUGGAAAGGUUGUUUGAAGGAGAAGGGUGGUUUCGAGAAGAAAUAACUGCUAUUGCACAAACCCAUCAUCGGAACUUGGUUGGCUUACUGGGUUUCUGCAUACAGGGAUCUACAAAGCUACUUGUGUACGAGUUUAUGAUCAAUGGUUCACUGGAAGAUCUUCUCUUCAACGCUGAAACACCACCUGGUUGGGAAGAACGUGUGAGAGUGACGCUGGAUGUAGCGAGAGGAAUCUUGUAUCUUCAUGAAGAGUGUGAGGCUCCUAUAAUACACUGCAAUAUAACGCCUCGUAAUAUUCUUUUUGACGAGUUUUGGACUGCUAAGAUCUCUGAUUUUGGGUUAUCAUCAAAACUAUGGAGGUCAAAUCAGAGGGGAAGUAAGGUGGAUAUCUACAGCUUUGGGGUUGUGCUUUUGAAGAUUUUGUGUUGCAGAAAUGAUAUGGAGAUUGACGUUCUUACUACUUGGGUUUACAAUUGUUUUGUAAAUAAAGAUUGGAAUAGGUUGAUUGAAGAUGACGAAGUAGAUGUCUGGAUGUUGGAGAAGAUGGUGAAAGUUGGAUUGUUGUGCAUUCAAAAUGAACCAGAUUCAAGGCCUUCGAUCAAAAAUGUUAUCUUGAUGUUGGAAGGAACUACUGAUAUACCAAUACCUCCGUCACCAACUCCUCCUUUGAUUUAG